UUUUUUGAAUCUGAAUUUCUGUUAUGUCGUUUAUGAACGACCAAUUUUUUUCUGUCACAUGUUUAUAAUUCGAAUGUUUGAAUUUUGUUGUUUUCAAAUGUUUCGAAAACAGACACAAUUGUGGUUGUUACGGCCAAAAUGGAUGACCAUUUUAUCCAUUCGAUCCGAAUGUUCAUCAACCGUACGGUUACGUUUUGCACCAAGUCCUACUGGUUUCGUUCAUCUUGGUGGUUUACGUACUACAUUGUUCAAUUAUUUAUUUGCUCGUAAACAUGGUGGUAAAUUUAUCGUACGUAUUGAAGAUACUGAUCGUGAACGUAUAGUUCCUGGAUCAUUAGAAAGCAUUAUGGAUAUUUUACGUUGGUCCAAUCUUCAACCAGAUGAAGGUCCUGAAUUCGGUGGCGAUUAUGGCCCAUAUAUUCAAUCAGAACGUGUAGAAUUGUAUCGAGAAAUGAUUGAAAAAUUAUUGAAAACCGAUACUGUUUAUCGAUGUUUUUGCACCCAUAAACGAUUGGAAUUAUUACGUCGUGAAGCCGUAAAAAAUCGUGAAACACCCCGAUAUGAUAAUCGAUGUCGAUCAUUGAGUAAUGAAGAAAUUCGUCAGAAUUUAGCCGAAAAUAUACCAUAUACGGUACGAUUAAAACUUUUACCAGGACCAAUGGAUAUCAAUGAUCUGGUGUAUGGUCGUGUUACAUAUGAUCUUAGUCUUAUUGAAGGUGAUCCUAUUCUAUUUAAAUCCGAUGGAUUACCAACCUAUCAUUUUGCCAAUGUUGUCGAUGAUUAUCAUAUGCAAAUCACACAUGUACUUCGUGGUGUUGAGUGGCUUGUAUCGACGCCAAAACAUCUAAUGAUAUAUGAUGCAUUCGGUUGGCCUAGACCAAAAUAUGCACAUCUUCCUUUGUUGAUCAAUACAGAUGGAUCAAAACUAUCGAAACGUCAUGAUCAUAUUCGUAUUUCUACUUAUCGUGAUCAAGGUUAUUAUCCAGAAGUUGUAAUAAAUUACCUUACACAAAUGGGUGGCGGUUUUGGUCAAUUGAACACAGCAGACUGUGAUAAAAUCUAUCCAAUUGAUAAAUUAGCCGCUGCAUUCGAUCUACAAUCAGUUAAUCAAAAUAAUUGUAAAAUAGAUGUGGAAAAAAUUCGUCUAUUAAAUCGAUUACACAUACGGAAUCUAAUUGAAAAUGAUCCAAAUCGUAUACGAAAUGAUUUAAUCAAGCUUCUCGAACGGAAUCGAGAAAAAUUUCAAUCAUUACAACAAUUCGAUAAUCAAGAUAAAAAUUAUUUCGAUAAAUGUCUUCGAUGGAGUUCAACACGAAUAUAUACGAUAAAUGAUUUGAUUACAAAUGAUUUUCUAUUUCUUUGGUCACAACCAAAAUCAACAUGGGUGAUGGAAGACAAUUUUUCAUUUGGUGGCACGAAACAACAAAUUCAGCAAACAUUACAGGCAACAAUUGAUUUAUUAUGGCAAAUGAAUGAACAAGAUUUUGAUGAUAAAGAUGAAAUUUUACAAAAACUUCGAAUAUUCAAUAAUAGUGAUGAACAGCAAAUGAAAUUCAGUGCAUACAUGAAACUUCUUCGAUUAUCGUUGACAAAUCUAACAAAAGGUCCACCUGUUGCUGAAUCAAUAUCAUUGCUUGGAAAAAAUCGUACCAUUCAAUAUAUUACAAAUUCGAUUGAGCAUUUACGAAAAAAAACAACAACAACAACGAUCAAUGAUGAAUGGGUAAAUUAUUUUUUCUUUUUUGAAUUUUUACCACUUUUUUUACUAAAUUCCCAUUGAAGUUGUACUGUUGCAGAUUCUUCAUCAUCAUCAUCAUCAUCGGCAACAUUUGCUGCUGCUAUAAUAGCUCGUUUUUCUUUUUUCGUUUUUUCAUUAAAUUUUUUGAUUGUUGUUCGUAUA